AGAAAAUGGUUUUAUGAGCUGCGAGGACAGAAGUUUCAGCUUUACAAAGUCCUGCAGCUUUAGAUGUUCUCCUGGCUAUCACCUGGUGGGACCAAGCAGGGUCACAUGCACAGCAGCAGCUGAAUGGAGUGAGCAGGUGCCACACUGUGAAGCUGUCAAGUGCCCUCUUCUUGAAGAGCCUGAAAAUGGUCGUAUGAAUUGCACAGACAGCCUGCAGGCUUUCAACUCUACAUGUUCCUUCAGAUGCAAUCCAGAUUUCCUAUUAGAUGGACACAAGAUCCUGACUUGUAAUCGUCGUGGCACUUGGACCGAAAAGAAACCCACUUGUCGAGCUGCUCCAGUUUCUGCCACUGUUGUUACUGGUGGGGUUGCAGCAGGGGGCACCGCCUUAGUAUCCGGUCUGUCUCUGGCUAUGUGGGUUAUGAAAAAACUGAAGCAGAGAGCCUCCAAGUUUGAGCUGAACAGCAGCUCCGAGGUGGAGGCACCACUCCAGGUCUACAAAAACAGCAUCGACAGUCUCAUCUAAGCAUCAACUUUAAAAAAAAAAACAACACUUAAAAAUAAAUUUAACCAAAAAGGAUUAAAGUUAGAAGUAUGAAUUUUCUCCCAAUGGGAGUUUAAUAUAGAACAUAUUGUUCUACUACACAUCAGUAUGCUGGAAAUCUAUUUUAUUUUGGCCUUUUUGUGAAUGUUGCACAAGAUUGUGGGU